AUGUCGAACCUCAUGUCACAAGGCACAUUCUACACUACGGACAUGGGCACGCCCCUCAGAAUUGCUCAAGUCCUCGGCCUCACCACCUCUGCCUUCCUCGCCGGCAAAACCUUCGCAGUCAGCUUCGGCACAGUACCUGCUCUGUUACAUGCGCCCGUCCCUCUCUUGGCGAAGCAGAUCGAUGACGUCUUCCAGGCCGACCUCAUCAUCAAUCCCGUGCUCGUUGCGCUCGGGACCGGAGUGUUUGGGUAUUUUGCUUACAGAGAUCCAAACCGCGGCUCCCCAGCCCACAUUCUCUACACAACCUCAUCCAUUCUCCUAGCAUCCGUAUUCCCGUACUCCCUCCUGUUCCUCCAUCCCAUCACCGAGAAGCUUACCCGCAAAGCUCAUUCCCUCUCCUGCGCAUCAUUGACAGAUACCGCGAUCGAGAGCGGUGUUGCUAAGGAGGAGACCACGCAUGCGCUGGUUGACAAAUGGGCAACGGUGAAUCUGGGCCGGACAGUGCUGAGUACAUUGGCGGCAGUGACGGCGACCUGGGCGGCGGUUGACAGAUUGGAGGUCGUGCCUGCUGCGGUGAGAUUGGGCGGCGGUGCAGGGCGUAUGGGGAAGUAG